AUGAACAUGGCAAAGAAGAACCUCUCGAACCACAUCCUAGCAUCUGCAUGGAGGUAUUAAGUUACCUCCGUCAGCAAUUGAAAACUGUGUAUGUUACUACGGAAGGAGUUGGCUAUGAAUUACGCAUCCUUUGUAAUGCCUGUGAUGCUACGUUGCGACCGCUGCAUAAACUUGAGGAAUGUUUGAAAAAAGAUUGUGUGCCAUGUGGAAAAAAAAAGUCAGUUGCAACGACUCGUAUCAGACGACUUUUUUCAACAGGUUUUGAUGAUAGCUCUACACAAGGAACCUUGAAUUUUCUGGCACUUCAGACAUUGAUUGUUGGUCGUGGAACCAAAGAACUACGGAGGUACUUUCUAGACAAAACUAACCUUACCAAACCAGAAGUUAUACCAUUUUUGACAAGGGAGAGGUGUGCAUUACUAAAGGAUGUUGAUUUUGGAGAUGAUUCAACAACAGUGUUUUCAUCAACCAGCAAUAUUGAUGCAUUCCAUAUGGACAUCAUGAUAAAGUUAAUUCGCUGCUGUUGUCACAACACUAAUAAUACAGAAGACUUCUGGGAGAACCCUCCGGUUGAUGACAAUUCUGAGCUGGCAAAUCUUGUCCGCAUCUAUCAAUAUAAGAAAACUGUUCUAGACUGCAGUUAUAGCAACAAUGUCACAAAGGAGGUGUUUGAUAAGCAAUGGAAGGAACUGACAGCAAUUUUUACAGGUGUUGGAGUUCCUGUUGAAGACAUUGAGAAUUACCGCAACCAAUGGCAUUACAAGGAUGGAGCCUUGGAAGAAAUAGGUAUUGGGCACACUGUCAUUGAAGAAAUCAAGAAUUUCCAGGCUGUGUUAUCGGCUGUUGUUGAUGUUGGAACUGCAACCAUGAGAAAUUACAUAUUGGAGGUUAACAAUAUUAACAAGAACGAUGUUGGGAAUUAUCUACUUUCCGAGAAGAGAAAGGGUAGCUUUAAUAAAGUAAUGAAAAAUAUCAGUAGAGAGCAGAAGUACAAAAUGUUCACACCAUCUGCUGACAUCGAUACAUUUGAUAUCUCUAUCAUGUAUUUAAUAAUUCGAAACUGCUCCAAUGGCAUUCCAGAGUCAUUUUGGAAAAAUCCAGAUAGACUGCCUAACUUGGUGCACAUCCACGACUACAGGAACACAAAGCUGGCACAUUCUCCCGACAGUAGAAUGUCAAACAAAGAAUUUGAAAUUGAAUGGAAGAAAGUGAGAUCAAUGUUGCAUGCUGCAGGUGCUUCUUUAACUGACAUUGACAAAUAUAAGGCACUAAGAUUCAUCAACUAAAUGCAUAAUUCUACCCAUGUUGAAGGAAUAUAUGAAUUCUUGUAUGUUCAUUAAAUUUCUGAUCACUCACAUAAUUUUGGACAGUAUUUAAUAUAUCAAAUAUACAUAAUAUUGUUUAAAUUAGUUAAAACUGUAAAUGUGUUUAUUAACGUCUGUGUUUUAAUAUGUAUUGUUGUAUCAGCAUCACUUAAUGCUAAAGCUCCUUAAUUUUAUUGAUAAUAAUAAUAAUACUAAUGGUAGACUUAUAUAGCGCAUAUUGUUAAGCCCUGUAUGGGCUUCACAUUAUCGUUUAAUACCGCGGUCAUUGGAUUAAACGUCUAUUGAAGAAGAAAUUCGAUUGUUGCAACAUCAGUGCAUUUGGCAUUAAACCCUACCAGGUACCCACUUACCGUAUACUCCUUUGGUGGAGAGAAGCAAUGAAGAUAAAAUGCCUUGCCCAAGAACACAAGUGAAAUACACAGCAAGAAGGAUUCAAACCCCAAACUUGAGGUUGGCAAACUAAAUUUAUAAUUGAAACUUAUCAAUUAGUGUCAGUAGCUGCAGUGAGAAAGGGUAUUUACGCAGUUAACAAUUGAAAUCAUGUACAAAAUAUAUGAAUUACUUCCUUUUAAUUCCAUCAUCUUGAAACUGUAAAUAAGUAUAAUUCCAGGUAAGCAAUACAUGUAAUAUUAUCAACAUAAAUCCAAAGGUAAAUAAUAAUCCAGGUAAGUAAUAUUCACAAUACUGUAUAAGCUGCAUAAAAGUGAUAAUUGAUGAUCUGAACAGUAAACUGAACAUACAGUGGACUGAACAGUGAACAAGAAAUAAAACUGUAAGAACUGGUAAAACAAUGGUGCUCUCUCAAUGACUGCUUCUGAGCAGAACAAAGGAAAACUAGAGCCAACUGUGGUAAACAUCACCUGAACUAAAUAAUAUGCAAAUAUCUAAGCUGUAAAGUUAGUGAAUAACUUAAUGGUACACAGCAGAGUAUAUCUGCAGUUACAAAAUUGUUCCC